UGACAAAGCGGGUAACAGAAAAAGCAAAAGAUUCUUUUGAAUUUAGAAAAUAUGGUCUUGGAGACAUAGUUUUGUUUGGGAACAGGAAACGAAUGAAGAUUGAUGAUUACGAUGACCUUUACGAUGUAUUUCUCGAUCAUCAUGUGGAUAUGCUUCAAAAGUGUUUAAGUCCAAAAUCUGGAUGGGAAGAUUCCUUACAUGCCAUGAUCGGUUUACUUAAGGAACCUGAAAAGCAGUAUAGUUUAUACUUGAAAAGUAUAGAAGGGAAAGAGAUUGAGAAGUUUGAUAGUAAUGGCCAUGCAGAACAGCAUGAUCUGAAACUAGAAAAUGAAGACAUAAUAAGAUUUCAAGAAAAUGGUUAUGAUAGUGAGAAAAUUUUUAAAAGACAAGAAUAGCAAGAGAGGAUGGAGGCGGUUUCUUGUCGAGGCCUUAAAAGAAAACAUGAACAAGAAUAAACCGAAGGAUCAUAUGCUACCUUUGCGAAAAGAAAAGAAAUCUGAUGGGAAACAUACAGAGGAGGAAAAAUUACCUAUUAGUCCUUUGACUUUUGGGGAGUUUGUGAAGAAGAUGUUUGGUUAUAUCAAAGAAUGGCUAUAUUUUUUUACCGUGAAUUUGCAUACACACUUACCAGCAUCUGUUAUUUCGCUAGAAGACGUUAAGAAUAUGUUUGCAGCGGUUGAUUCUCUCAAAUCUUUUCAGCCAUUGUUGCAUGAUGUUCCAAAUGAAGACUUAAAGGAAGCCUACAGUAGAGGCAGUUGCUUUACAAGAUUUAACGUUGCAAGAGUAAACAGCCUUUUUCUUCUGGAAUCACUCCCUUCCAAGUUUUCUGUUCCGUAUUCUCCUAAUAGAAGGCUGAUAAAAGAAUUCUGCUUGGAAAAAGCAUGCCUCAUUUUCUGCACUACUUCAGGUUCUGCCAAAUUGAACAUUGUAGAUAUGCCACCUUUGGAACUUUUGGUCAUAGAUGAAGCUGCUCAGCUUAAAGAAUGUGAAUCAACUAUUCCUUUACAACUUCCCGGGAUCCGUCAUGCUAUACUUGUAGGAGAUGAGCGGCAACUGCCCUCAAUGGUCAAGAGUCAGAUUUCUGAAGGCGUGUAUUUUGGAAGAAGUUUGUUUGAGAGGUUGGCAUUUCUGGAACACAAGAAAUACCUCCUCAAUGUUCAGUACAGGAUGCAUCUGUCCAUAAGCUUAUUUCCAAAUAGAGAGUUCUACGGCAACCAGAUAUUGGACGGUCAGAAUGUUAAGGCUAGAAGUUCUAAUAGGCGUUUCCUUAGCGGAAAGUUGUACAAUUCAUACUCUUUCAUAGAUGUGUCACAUGGAAAGGAGGAAUUUGAUGACAAGCGUAGUCGAAAAAACAGAGUCGAGGUUUCUGUGGUCUCUGAGAUAGUUGCAAGUCUUCACAAAGAAUUUACUCUCACAAGGAAGAAGGUUCGAGUAGGUGUGAUAUCGCCAUACAAGGCACAAGUUCACGCGAUUGCUGAGAAAAUUAAAGAAUAUACUUCACAUGCUCAAAGUGACUUCUUUGUAAGUGUUCGCACAGUUGAUGGAUUUCAAGGUGGAGAGGAGGAUGUAAUAAUCAUCUCUACUGUCAGGUGUAAUGGGAUUGGCUCAGUGAGUUUUCUUUCCAGUCGCCAAAGAGGAAAUGUGGCGUUAACUCGGGCAAGAUAUUGCCUUUGGAUUGUGGGGAGUGGAUCAACGUUAAGUAAUAGUGGCACUUUUUGGAAGAAGUUAGUUGCCGAUGCUAAGGAGCGAGGGUGUUUCCAUAGUGCUCUUGAGGACAAGAUCUUGGCAUGUGCUAUUACAUUUGCUUUGCUUGAGCUCAACCAAGUCUCAAUGUUACGUAAUCUAGAUUCACUUCUGUUUAGGGAGUCAAAAUGGAAGGUAUGCUUCACCGAUGCCUUUUGGGGAUCAAUGACAAGAUUUAAAAGCAAUACAUUCUGCAAGAGAGUAUUUGCUCUGUUGGAGAAGCUUUCGAGUGGAUGGCGUCAACAACACAUUGGAGGCAACCAUGUUGUCCAUGGUGGAAUUUCCUCUCAAUUUGUAGAGUACUACGUGGUUAACACACAGUCGUACCUUGUUUGGACUGUUGAUAUUCUGAAAGAAAAUUCGCAUUAUAUUCAGGUUUUAAAGGUUUGGGACAUUUUGCCACAAUCUGAUGUACCGGAACUAUCAAACCGGCUUGAUGUUUUAUAUGGAAGUUAUUCAGUGAAAAAGAUGAGUCACUGCAAGUACAUAUGCUAUGAUGGGGAUUCACUCGUUCCAAUGAGAUGGCCAAUAGACUCUGGUUAUCAAGAAACUGAUCCUGGCAAGUUAUUAUCUAAACCAGUGCCUUCAUCAAGUCCAAUGGAUAAGCCAGAAUCACCGUCAACCAAUGACCGUUAUUGUCAGAAUCCGUGGGAUUAUUCAGUCCUAAGGAUGAGCCAGAAACAUCAUCAUCAACAACUAAUCUGAAUUUGAUUGUUUCAAGUUGCGUUGAAGAUGAUCCUAUUGAGUUAUUGUCAAAAUCAUUUGCUUUAGUUAGUCUAAGGGAUAAAUCUGAAGUAUCAUCAACAACUAGGAGAGGAACUUGAUCGUUCCAAUGAGAUGUUCCAUGGACACAAGUGACCAGUGAAGCUGAUCCUACUGACUUAUUGUCGUGAUUACUGGAUUCGCUCGACCUAAGCCGAUCCUAAGGAAGUAUCAAAUGAAAAAUAAUGGUGCAUUCUAGAUUCAAAUUAUUAGCGGAAGAAAUCAAUUUUUUUUGUGCUGCGAGAUGACUUCAAAUUGAGAGAAAGGAGAAGACUGCAUUGUGGUCACUCAAGCAUUAGGCUCAACUGCUUGUAUAUUUCCGUAUAGAUAUAAUUGUUGCUGGUUACUAAUCUCCGAUUAGGGUCGAAUCACUUACCUACUUUCUUUCAUAGAAUAUGCAUAGAUUGUAAAUUUUUAAGGGAAAUUUUCCCUUCCAUUUUCUUUAUUUUUCGAAUGGGGAUGGAUGA